AUGUGUAAGCACAAGGCUCCUUUUGCACCACUACGAGUCUCCAAAAUUGUUAAAAACAGUAAGACACAGGUUGAAAGAAUUGUUGACAAAAGGAAAAAUAAGAAAGGGAAGACGGAGUACCUGGUGCGAUGGAAAGGUUAUGACAGUGAGGAUGACACGUGGGAGCCAGAGCAGCACCUUGUUAACUGUGAGGAGUACAUCCACGAUUUCAACAGACGCCAUACGGAAAAGCAGAAGGAGAGCAUCUUAACCAGGACAAACAGGACCUCUCCAAACAAUGCUCGGAAGCAAAUUUCCAGAUCUACCAACAGCAGCUUCUCUAAGACCUCUCCUAAGUCACUCGUGAUUAGCAAAGACCAAGACUCAAAAAACAGCCAGUUAUUUGCUGCCAGCCAGAAGUUCAGGAAAAACACAGCCCCAUCUCUUUCCAACAGGAAGAAUAUGGACCUCGCAAAAUCAGGUAUAAAGAUACUAGUGCCUAAGAGCCCCAUUAAGAGCCGGACAGCAGUGGAUGGCUUUCAGAACGAGAGCCCUGAGAAACUGGAUCCCAUAGAGCAGGGCCAGGAGGACACGGUGACCCCGGAGGUGGCUGCAGAGAAGCCUGUCGGAGCUCUGCUGGGCCCUGGCGCAGAGCGAGCCAGAAUGGGGAGCCGGCCUCGGAUACACCAACUAGUGCCUCAGGCGCCCGGCUCAGUGACUGCUGCUAUGGCCACAGGACUUGCAGUUAAUGGGAAAGGUACAUCUCCAUUUAUGGAUGCAUUAACAGCCAGUGGAACAACCAACAUACAGACAUCCGUUACGGGAGUGGCAGCCGGGAAAAGGAAAUUUAUUGACGACAGAAGAGACCAGCCUUUUGACAAGCGGUUACGUUUCAGUGUGAGGCAAACAGAAAGUGCCUACAGAUACAGAGAUAUUGUCGUCAGGAAGCAGGAUGGUUUCACCCACAUCUUAUUAUCAACAAAAUCAUCAGAGAAUAAUUCACUAAAUCCAGAGGUGAUGAAGGAGGUCCAAAGUGCGCUGAACACGGCUGCUGCUGACGACAGCAAGCUCGUGCUGCUCAGCGCUGUGGGCAGUGUCUUCUGCUGCGGUCUCGACUUUAUUUAUUUUAUACGGCGCUUAACAGAUGAUCGAAAAAGAGAAAGCACUAAGAUGGCGGAAGCUAUCAGAAACUUCGUGAAUACUUUCAUACAGUUUAAGAAGCCUAUAAUUGUAGCAGUAAAUGGCCCAGCCAUUGGACUAGGAGCAUCUAUCUUGCCUCUUUGUGAUGUGGUCUGGGCCAACGAGAAAGCUUGGUUUCAGACACCCUACACCACCUUUGGACAGAGCCCAGAUGGCUGUUCCACAGUUAUGUUUCCCAAGAUCAUGGGAGGAGCAUCAGCAAAUGAAAUGUUGCUCAGUGGGCGGAAGUUGACUGCGCAGGAAGCAUGUGGUAAAGGACUGGUCUCCCAGGUGUUUUGGCCAGGAACGUUCACACAGGAAGUGAUGGUUCGGAUUAAGGAACUUGCCUCAUGUAAUCCAGUUGUGCUGGAGGAAUCCAAGGCCCUUGUGCGCUGUAACAUGAAAAUGGAGCUGGAGCAGGCAAACGAGAGGGAAUGUGAAGUGCUGAAGAAAAUCUGGGGCUCAGCCCAAGGGAUGGACUCCAUGCUGAAAUACCUACAGAGGAAAAUCGAUGAAUUCUGACUGUCAGAGUUCCUGCAGAACGACACUGGAACUGUCUGUCGCAGGAGCUCUGCGGCACCACGUCGUCCACUCCACCCUCAUAGCCUGAAAUGCGUUUACCCAUAGCUCAUGCUUGGAACAAGGACUGGAAACUGCCAAGCUAUUUAUUAUCAAGGAGUUUUUAAGUACUGUAACAUUACAAUAAAUAACUACAAAGCU